AAGCUCCAGAAAACCCUAGUUUAACACCUCAACUCUUUCACUAUCUCUCUCAAACAUGCAGACUUUCUUAAAAUUGGAUCCCAAGAUUGAAAAAGUGGUUCCAUUCCUACGCAAGAUAAGGUCAAGGCAAAAGGGUUUUCAUAAUAAAGCCAGAACAAUUACUUGCAGUUAUAGAAUCAUGCAAGAAAAGAAGACCAACUUCUAUGAAGUUCUUUCUCUUCAAUCCAAGAAUGUAGGGUUUGAUGAGAUCAGGAAGGCUUAUAGGAGCAUGGCUCUACAGUUCCACCCUGACGUUUGUCGUCUAUCAGCAAAAGAAGAAUCGACGAAGCGAUUCGUUGAGCUUCAGAAGGCUUACGAGACAUUGUCUGAUCCAGUUUCACGUAGACUGUAUGAUUAUGAAUUGAACUUGGUUGCUUCGAUCGGGCUUGGUUUAGAAAUAAGAAUGGAGGAAAGAAAAAAUAGUUUUCCCAAGGAAGUUUGGGAAAUGCAACUUUAUGGAUUGUCUCAACGAUCUCAUAUCCGUUUACAAAGGAAGAAUAAAAAAUAUAUGUAA